ACUUUGGAAUUUCUGUCCAAUAUGGAGGCAAAGAGACAACAGAGAAGACAAAAGGUUGCUCUGUAGCCUAUAGAGCUAGCCCAAUUGCUUGCAUAUAUGUCUUUUCUUAUGAGUUGAUCAUUUGCCACAUUAUAGGGUUGCUAUUGGUUUUAUAAUAGGGUUAUCUGUUUGUAUUAGAGUACUUUAACUGUAACGCAAAGAACCUACAGACAACAUCCUGUAUGUUAAGCUAAAGCAAGUUAACAUACAUAUGAUCAAGACCUUUAUCCUAGAUAGGUGGUGACGAGCUAAAACAUACAGUAUAUAUGUGUUUGACCUUUCUCAUAGAUAAGUGGGCAAGUCAAAGCAAGUUGGUGGUUAAGGCCACCCAAGGUCAUAGACUUUUUCAGAGAUAACAGGUACAUCACAAAGAACAUAGACAUAACCAAAAUAGGACAGAAACAACAGAGGUGAGGAUGAGCUAAUGGUCUCUAAUAGUUACAAAUAUGUCUUAAUACACAUGAACAUGCCAGCCCCUAGAGUAAGUGUACCUAACAUUUUUGUGGGUGAGGAAGUUAACUUUGGAUAUGGAAGGAGGACACUUAGGAUCAGGCCCUAUAAUAGGGGCAACCCACCAUGUUGGGGAAAUUCAGCUUGUUUAUUGUUAGUUUGUCAUUGUUAGUUCUUAAUAGUUAGUUUUAAGUAAACUCUACGUUAGUUUCUGUAGUCUUUCUAUAGCUUUUAGCUCUAGCUUCUUCUAUGGUCUUCACCUCUCAUUCAAGACUUGAGGAACCUCGACCAUUGAACUCUCUUGGCAUGCCGGGGCAAGGCUGGUCCUUUGUCUCUUAUCACCAGGUUUUCAAGGAAGGUUAAUAGGCUUAAAGCUGCCUUUUGUUCUAAAUGUGAGUUUCCUAGUCAGACAUCCUGAUGGUCCCUGCAAAUUCUGUGAAGCCUGAUUCUGGGACAAGAACCUUAUUAACUUCUGAUCAGAUUAAUUGCUCAUAUGUGUACAGAAAUUAAAAUCUGUUACAGUGUGGAAGCACCAGCACUGAUCAGAUGAAAAUUCCCUAGGGAACCACCUAUUUUAACUGCUCUCUCAUGAUAUGAUCCAGAAGGCUUUUAAGAAUCAACAGUUUUGUUUUCCAUAAUGCCUACAAAUAUAUCCCAACUGGACAAUGAAACAAUGGCCAUGCUUCAGAACAGAGCUAUUGCAAUCACCCUCCCAGCUGUGUACUCCUUGGUGGCCCUCAUCAGCAUCCCUGGGAAUCUGUUCUCCCUUUGGGUGUUCUGCUGCCAUAUCAAACCCAAGACACCCUCAGUUAUCUUCAUGAUUAACCUUAGCAUCACAGACCUCACACUGGCUUGCUGCUUUCCCUUCCAGAUUAUCUAUCACAUCAAAAACAACAACUGGAUCUUUGGUAAGAGCCUUUGCAGCUUAGUCACAGUGAUGUUCUACUCAAACAUGUAUUCUUCCAUACUCACCAUGACCUGCAUUAGCAUAGAGCGGUUCUUGGGAGUGGUGUAUCCCUUGAAGUUAGUCAAGUGGAGAAGAAAGAGAUAUGCACUUGCUGCCUGCUUGGGCAUGUGGGCCGUUUUGCUAUUGGCCUUAUACCCACUGGCAAGCACAGAUCUGACCUAUGAAGUAAAACCACUAGGGAUCAUAACUUGUUUCGAUGUGCUCAAAUGGGACAUGCUGCCCAAUGUUAUAGCAUGGGCAACCUUUCUUCUGACGCUGUUUGUUCUUUUCUUCCUAAUCCCAUUCAUAGUGAUGGUAGCCUGCUACAUUGGCACUAUUCGGAAGCUCAUUCAGACCUCUAGCAGAUACGGUAGCAGGCAGAAGACUAGGUCUAUUUACCUGGCUGCAAUUGUCCUCUUGGUAUUCAUCACUUGCUUCGCCCCUAAUAACUUUAUUCUACUUGUGCACAUGAUCAGCCGUCUCUUUUUCCACAAGAGUUUAUACCCUGCUUACAAGCUCACCCUAUGCCUCAGUUGCCUGAAUCUCUGUAUAGAUCCAUUCAUUUACUAUUUUGCAUCCAAAGAAUUUUAUCAGAAAUUCAUGCAGGUAAUAGGUAAAAAGGUACAGCUCAUUGACAGUCUGGAGACCAGAAGGGAAAGCUUAUUCUCUGGCAGGACAAUGUCAGCCCGGUCAAUGUCAAGUGGGCCGAUGGAAGGGUUAGAUGGAGUUAUGGUAUGUUUGCAAAGACAAGAAAGUGUUUUUUAACUACAGACUUCAAAUCAGAUGUGGGAAGGUGAUAGCAAGUUCUCAGUGGAGAAAGAAAGGGACUUUUUGUAAACGAUGUUCUGAUAAACAUCAAUGCCCAUAGCAACAAUAGUCUGACCACACUGAACAGCAAGUAACUCACACAUGUCUAAAAUCAAUAACUACUUACUGGGAAGGAAUGGAGGAGGAGUAAGAUGAACCAAAAUUAUCGAAGGAAGAAAGUGAUCCAGUCCAAGUCCAGUGACAAAACUGACAGACAAGAAUGAAGACAGAAUUAAUUCUACUGAACACUUCUGAAUAUGAUUGGAAAGCAAGGACAAACCAAAAGUACUUUCAGAUUCCGAGAUCUCAGUGCUUAACCAAAUACUCAUGGAUCUCACUUAUUAUACGAAAGGAAAAUAAUGUUAAAGUGGGUUUGGGAGCAGGGAGUUGCCUUUGUAAAUCAUAUGUUAAUUGUUUAUAGAGGUAUGAGUUUCUCUUUUGUGUUGUUGCAGAAAAAGAAUUACUAUAUCUUGCCAUUUUAUCAUGAAUACAUUAUGUGUAGCCACUAUGAACUCAUCACAACACUUAUAUAUCACUUGCUUGAUUUAUACACAGCCUAACCUAACCACAUUAACCUUCAAAGAGGUUAGCUUGGUUAAUAGUUAUUUAUUUCAAUUUCGUCUAUCGGAAUAGCUCGUAAAAUGAAGUAAAAAAGAAAGACGAACGUCAGUACCCUAAACCACAUCAAUGCCCCAGCUGCUGAGUGGGUUACAUUAUUGUUAGAGCUAUACAUUUCUAAGGAGGGAGGUGAAAUUCAGGUGGUUUACAUGGCAAUUUUCUCACAAUGACCCACUACACAAUAUUGCUGAGCUGGCAUUCACUUAACUUAGUUUAUUUGUUUGUUUUACAAUGGGCCAAACUCUAUGGUCCUAUAUUGAAUACAGUUCCCAUUGCAAUCAGUGGGACUACUGCUUUAUGUAGUUUAUGGACAGUAUUUUUGCUUUCCUCUAGAAGCUAGUUCAGAUAAUGGUCCAGAGUCUCAUCUGGUGUAAAGGGGAAUAAUCCCAUUUAUCUCAAUUGCAUUACACCAAUAUAAACAAGAUUUGUCUCCUAAAUCUUGGCAUUACCUCAUUUGCUUUUGAUACUUUACAUGUCUGGACUACAGGUUUUACAGACAGACAGAAAGAAAGGCACUGGGCAGUUGAAAUUUACUAACCUUCCUGCAGCUAGCUCAUGUAUUAUUAGUGCAGUGGCAUGUUCAGACCCUCAGUAUCCUGUCCCAAUGUAUUGCAUCAUACCAUGCUUCUUCUCAUAACUCAGCAAUUGAAUGGUUGCUUAAAAAUACAAUAAAACAGCAUCUAUGUUUUUCUUUUUAAUUUCAAAAGACUUUUUUCCUAUUUUUUUAUUUGAAAUUCUGCAUAAUUUCAACACUCAUUAAAAUGAGGAGCUAAUGACACUUGUUAGAGCCAAGCAAGACUUUGGCCCUCACCACUGGGCCAAAAAAACUCAACAAUACUUCUAAUAUCCUAGAGCUUGAUCUAACUCUCAGUGAACUCAGCAGGAAACUUAUCACUGACAUUGAUAUGAGCAUCGGAUCAGGCCUCAAGUAAUUGGCCAGCCUGGAGCAGUGACGGCCAGCUAUGUGAACUGUGUGGUAGUUCCGUAACAUGGACAAAAUAUUUAAAAGGUACUAGAUUAGACCACUAAAAUGUAUCUGCCUUUUCAUCUAAAGUAUGAUUCAAACUCAGCAAUCCAAAUGUUAACAGUUCCAUACAUUAGCUUUCUGCACCAUCUACCUUCUAACCUGUGCUUUGUUAUAGUCACUGGAUAACCAAAAAAUUUGUUUUCGAAUUUAUAAGGAUUUUUCCUACCUAUUAUCCUCUCUGUCAAAUAGUCAAGUACUGAUGGAGAUUACAACCAAGCUGAAAAGCAAUGCAUAUUAGUGAUUUAUAGUAGAACCUCGGAGUUAGGAACACCUUGGGAAUGGAAGUUGCUUGUAACUCUGAAAUGUUUGUAACUGUAAACAAAACAUGGUGGUUCUUUCAAAAGUUUACAACUGAACAUUGACUUAAUACAGCUUUGAAACUUUACUAUGCAGAAGAAAUAUGCUGCUUUUAACCAUCUUAAUUUAAAUGAAACAAGCACAGAAACAGUUUCCUUACCUUGUCAAAUCUUUUUUUUUUUAACUUUCACUUAAUUUUUUUAGUAGUUUAUUUUUAACACAGUACUGUACUCUAUUUGUUUGAGGGUUUUUGUUUGUUUGUUUGUUCGUUUUUGUUUUUUUGUGUCUUUGCUGGUGCCUGAUUGCAUACUUCUGGUUCCAAAGGAGGUCUUUGGUUGACCAGUUCGUAACCCUGGUGUUCGUAACUAGAGAGGUUCUACUAUAGUUCUAAAGUUACCUGAAGUGUUUUAUGUCACUUCUCAGUAAUAUUUUUAAGCAGUCCAUGAAAACUCUGCUUAUCUUUAAAAAAUACACUGCACAUUAACUUUCUUUAAGCACAUGGGAACUUAUCUGGUAUGGAACCCACAGAAAGAAAGAAAGAAAGAAAGAAAGAAAGAAAGAAGAUAAAGUACUAAUUUAUACUAAUAAAGUACACAAUGAAAGCACAAUAUAUUUUAAACAUUAAUACUCAAAAAAAGGAGGACACACAUUAUGUGAAUUUGAGGCAUUUGGAUAUGUACUCUAUUUACUUACAGUGUUUGAGAAGAUUCUCAGAGCAGAUUCUCUUUAACCCAUCCCACAUUCAUCAUCUAGAAAUUCAGUGAGUUUAUUUAUGUCUUGCAAAUGUGCUUAUAAGUUUAGUAGCACAUGGUUUCACUUUGCUAUUUGAGUUAUUCAGCCAUCAGCUUUCAAGAAUUCCAGCAUUCUUGCUACCAAAUUGGUGUUCUAUACUGAUGGCAGCAAUUUUGCUCUGGAUUACAUAUUUAAAUAUCCAGGGGGUUUUAAAUGCAAAUAUUGUCCAACUAAAAAUUGGUAAUUUCUCCUAGUUCUAGUGCAGAUUUUUUGAUGUGCUUUAGUUAGGGCCCAAUCCUGUCAGGGACUGAAUGCUCUCAACUAUCACUCACUUCAAAAGGAGUUUGACAGUGCAGAAACUUUGCAGGAUCAGACCUUCACAGAUUUAUGGUUUCAGAAAUGCUGAAAUGGUCUUUCUGCAAUAAAAAAGGUCAGAACCGAGUGACUGAAAAUGCUCUGUCCCUCAUCCCCACACAGCCCUUCAGACAAUUCCAUCUUUCUUCUGGUGCUACCUGACAAUAAAUCAGAAGGAUGUCUCAGUUAGGUGCCAGGACAGUUGAUUGUUCACCACAUUAUCUAUUAAAUAACCACUAUAGGCUAGAUCUUGGACUCCCUGCCCAGGCAAAACUCCCAUCAAAGUCAGUGUGGCUGUUACCUGACUGAAGAACAUUGUAUCUGGCUCUAUGUACAUAGUCUUUAGGACUUGAUAGUGCAUGUUGUGAAGGUAAUUUGCUAUGAAAUGUAUUUCUGUUUUCAUAAAGAGCAGUCUAGGGAGUUAUUAUUUGAAUCAUUGAAAAUAUUCUCUUGCCACAAAGUUUUACCUUGCCACCCUUCAUGUUCAACAUGAAUACAGGGCCAUUUAGGUUUGUGAGGAGCCAUGGGAUACAUCUACUGUUUUGAGCUAGAGGUGUAAUUUCCAGCUCAGGUAAACAUACACAUGCUAGCUUUAAUUGAGCUAGCACACUAAAAAUAGAAGCACAGCGGUGGGGGCAAGGGCAGCAGGAUAAGUUAGUUAUGCUAAGCACCAUACCACCUGAGACCCUAGAUAUGUGCAUGGAGUGACUAGCCCAUCCCACCUUAGCUACACUGAUAUUUUCAGCUUGCUAGCUCAAUCACAGCUAGUGUGCAUACAUCUACACAAGCUCAACAUGACAUCUGUAGUUUGAAGUGUGGAGGUAGCCCUUGUAUACAGUGCUUUCACUCGGGGGGAGGGGGAGAUGCAGACUUCUAAGGAAGCUGGACCUUUUGUUUAUUAAUUGUUUGGAUAGUUGAUUUAAUUUUGGGAUGAUUGGCUUCUGACUUUUUUGCAUUUGCUGUAUGAUAUUGCUGUGAAGCUGCCUGCUGUAGUUAAUAAAAUAAAGGCACAUUUUAAGAA